CGUAUUCGCUUCUCUCUUUCUCUCGCUACUCGUCACUUUUCUGUCUCCGGCCGGUACCGGUGACGAGAGCCUCGCGGUUAGGACUCAGUCUUCCUUGGACGAUCGUCGGUGCUGUGUGUGUGCAAGAGUGAGCGUAAUUUUACCCGCCAUGUGAAGCCAUAUGAAUGAAAGAAGAUCGCGGAGGCGUUGUUUGGAUAUGGUGAUUAGGAUGGUGUGAAGUGACAAGUGGGUUGUUUUUACGGUUGGGAAAGUUGGGUUAGAAAGUUUGGAAAGGCUAAAAAAAAAAUAAAUUGCGAAAGGAGGACGCUGAUGCUCUUGACACUUUGCAACAACCGUGGCUUCUACUUAUGGUGAGGUAACGAGUUUAUAAGAAGGACGUGCUCGAUGAUCGGAGGAGCGUCGUAAGAUGUCAUCGGUGAGCAGCAGGUAUGAGGCAGUCAACAUUUUGGAAGCUCUCGAGUCGGAGAUAGCCUACGUGCCGGGAGGGCGGGACAGGGAGAAUCGAGCGCUGAUCGUGCUCGACAUUCCGGCCGGCGAGCCCCUGCCAAUUACCCGAAAGAACCUCGAGCUGCUGAUCGACUACUUUUUGGACAUUUUUAGCGAGGACACCCAAGCAAACGGCCUCACGCUCCUGGUGGACGCGCGUUCGGCGACAUGGCGUUCGGCCCGCAGCCACAUACGCCAGGCAUGCUUGCAGCUUGGCCCGAGGUCAGCUUCCGUGAUCGCAGUGAGGCCCGACGGCUUCUGGGACAACCACCGCGUCGACAAUUACUGCACCAAAUCCCACAGGGACGGCGAGCCGAUCUACGUUUCUCUCAACAGGUUAUGCGUUUACGUCGAUCCCAAUCAGUUGACUUACAACUUGGGUGGUAGCAAGUCCUACGACCACGCAGCUUGGAUUCAGAAUCGAGUGCGAGUCGACGAGUUCAUAACCGACGCUCAAGACUUGAUUGCAAAAAUGGAUGAGCAAAAGGAAAGACUGUCGAGCGCAGAAAUGAUUCGUUCUAAGGACUCUGACGAAACACUUGCAUCUACUAAAGAAACUAAUUUGGAAAUGAUGAGUGCGGCUCAACGAAUACUACGAACGGGCAGACAUUUAACGAGUUCAAUGAGUCGCGAAUCGGCGCAAGAUGUCUUGGACACGGUACAAAGGAUCCAUAAGUUAAUCGAUUCCAUAGAGCAGAAACAGGUGGAAAUCGAGAAAGCUUGGAUCGACAUGGAGAGGAACAUCGACAUUCUGAAGGAGAUCGAGAGUCUGGAAGAAGGUGUAGCCAGCGUGACGAAUUGGAUUCUAGGGCCGGCCGAUUCCAUGUUAAAUUCUCAUUACCAAAUAGGCUUCGAUGUUGCAUCGUCAGAGGAGUUGAGGCGAGAACACGAAAAACUCGAAUUAGAAUGUAGGGAAACGUAUGGAAACUAUGCGGAACUUCUGCACAAGAUAGAUAGCAUAUCGAGCGAUUAUCUGUCGGAAGAUUUAAAGUCUCAAAGAGAUUUCAUGGAUUUUGUCUGCAGAAGCUUUGCUACGAGACUCGAAAGGCGGAGAAACGUGCUUAUCACUUCCCAGAGAUUCUUUCGUCUAGUUUCCGAGUAUUUUGAUAAAACUAGCGAAGUUUUCGAUAAGCUAAUAAUGGGAAGUCGUACCUGUAGUUUCUCAAACGCUGGAGCGAAAUUAGCGAAACUGGAAAAGAGUCAGCACAAAUUAGAAGGACUAGAAAGGGAGCUAGUGAAAGAAGGCGAAAAGUUAUCAGAUAUACUUUCGAUGCCCGUGAAAGAUGCUCUAUGCCGAGAUGUACAAAUUGAUUAUGGUGAGGAUAUCAUAAACAUCCAAGAUAUCUUGGAUGCAACGAACGCGAGGAAAAACAUUUUUAACGACAGCGUGGAGCUUCAGAAACUGACGCUGAAGCAAAUCGCUCUUGUACAUACGUAUGAGAGUGAUGCCGAACAAGCAAUACGUUGGCUAGACGAUCUAUUCGACGUACUCGUUAGUAGCCACGUCGAAAUCGGCUGCAACGUUGCGGAAAUACAAACGCAGAAGCAAGAGCAUCAAUCGUUUCAAGAAACAGCUAGGGGUACAUACGAAUAUGGCUGUCAAUUGAUGAACGGCGCCCGAGUUUUGCGAAUCUCGUGCAAACUGGAUCUCGACGAUAACACGUUGCUUAUGUCGCGACUGCGCCAGGCUUGGCGACAGCUUCGUUCGGUCGGACAGGAGCAGCUGACCCGUUUAAGAGUCUGCGCCGUUUUCCAUCGCAACGUCACCGACCAUUGCAGCAAAUUGCGCGAGAUGAUCGAGACGGUCAGCGCGUUUUCGCCAAAGAGAAGCAGAUCGGUGACGCCGCUGCGCUCGGCCUCGGCAUCGCCAGAAGCCGUCGAGGCUCCGACGUCGGUGACGACUACCACUACUACCUCUGCGCCGACUUCCCGGCACAAAGCUGAAAUCAGAGAUGUACUGACCAAGAGAGAAAAGCUCCUUCCAGAGGUUGGUCGAAUGGUGCGACUUGGUCGGUUGUUGAGGUCGCGGCUGAAAGAGCCAUUAGCUCAUCAGAGCAGGAUGUCGGAGCUGGAUGACAGCACGUCAAUGGAAGGUGGAAGCGGCCAGACCGGUGGAAAUCUGUCGGCUGUGCAGUCGAUAUCGGCGAAGCUUCUGGAGGUGACGAGGUUGGCGGAAAAGCUCGACAAGAGGCUCUGCGAAGCUGGAGCUAGGAGUCAAGCUUUGAAUCCUGCUCACGAGGACGACGAGGAGUUUUGUAAGGAAGAGGAUAUGAGGGACGCCAAUGUGGGAACGACUACGACGACGAGGGAGCUUGCGGAGACAAGUGGUGCCAUGGAGAAACGUAGCGAUAAACUAGAGGAAACUAACGUCAAAGAAACCGAGAGCCAUAGUCAAGCCAGCGAUCGGAGCGCCGUAGAGGAUUCGAACGUUGAGGAGUACGUCACCGCGACCGAGUGCUCGACGACGCCAGUCCCAAGGUCGCGCAGCGAGUCGUUCCUCUCGUCCGAGUACGAAGAUGCCCUCGUUUCAACGACCUGUCGAAAAGCGGAAGAUGAGAUGGCGAUAAAAAAAGCCGAGGUGCUUCCCAUAGCGAAAUGCGAAACUACAUUAUCAACGAAUCCUCCAGCUGAUGAGGAAAUUGUCGAAUACAGUCCUGACGGUGCCACCGUCAUUCAACGAAUGAUUCAAGAAAAAAGUGGCAAAAUAGUAAAGGAGGUCACCGAAACGACAACACUGCGUGUCUCCCACAACACACACAUCGGCGUCGACUCCUACAAACUCGUCUCCAACGUCAUAACCGAUCACACCGACAAUCUUGACUAUCGCGAGCUUCAGGACCUGAACCGGACGAUCCUCAACGGCGACUGUCCCUCUCCUCUACCCCUUACGACUCAUCGCGAGGAACAUACCUACUGUCCAUCUGCCAACACCUUCGUGAACUACCACAAGUCUGUAGCAAGUGGUAAGAUCGAGGAGCUAACCGAUCGGCCGUCAACGCCUCAAAACGAUCUUCUCGCACUGGAAAACGGACGCAGUGAUGAACCAGAGGAUUUGCUGACGCAGGAAGAGAAAGACUUCCUCACGAUGGUCAAAACGUGCGUACCGGAGGCCGGCACAAAAAUGGUGAACGGCUACGGUGAGACGCUGAGCCGGAGCUCGGAGAACGGCCACGUGGACGAUGCCUGCAGUGCUAUGCAGCAGCAAGAGAGUACGACGACGACGACGACGGCGAGGUCGAAAACGACCACCAUCGGAACCAUUGCACUGCAGAGCGGAGGCACCAGACUCGUCAUUGCUCUUCUCGAAAGUGGAGAAUACCUGCGGCUAAAAGUUUUGGACAUACAGCCGGAACUAACGAAGCUGGGCGUUUCGCCGGAGGAGGCAAAAGAACUCUUGAACGCCCACGAUGAAGUGCUUCUUCGACUGCAGGAUAAACAAAGUCCGGUGGAAGAAUUACUGAGACAGGCCGAUCGAGUCAUAUCGACGCAAAAACCAAAAGCAGAAGUGUACAAAGCCAUGGCUGAAACACUAGCCGCCGCCUGGAAAGAUGUGAACGAUCUUCUGGAACGAAGGAAACAAAUUUUAGAACGAAACGUGCUUUUCCAAUGCCGAGCAGAGGAGUGCAAGGAAAGUAUGAAGGCCUUGGAAAUGGCCUGCAACGAUACUCUUUUACCGAUCGAAAUCGAGGCAGUUAAGGAUUUUUUGAGAAAGAUUCAUGAAUUGAGAAAAACGAUGCUUGAAACUCUCAUGGGAGCUUUGAAGGAUGGUAAAGUGUUAUUGGACAGACUUCGAGAAAUCGCAAACGAAGGAACCCUCGACUCGAGGCCUGACAGAAUAAAAUCCGACGCCGAUAAUGCGAUACACAAGGUGGAGGGCUGGCUAGAGGCGCUCCACGACAAGAGGCGUCUGAUCGAGCUGUCGUUUCGCAGCAGGAAGACCCAGCUGGAGCAGUGUCUCGGGCUCGCACUCCUUGCCACGGAUCUACGAGAGCUCGAGGAUACGCUGACCGAUCGAGUGAACGCCCUGUCCAACAGCAAUGAUCACCUCGGCGACUCCUCGGCCAGCGCUGAGUUAUUGCUCUUCGAAUUGAGAAAAUUGCAAGUCGAGGCUAAGGACUUUCAGGACAGGGCCCUAAAGAUAACGAAGUCGACGGAGCAUCUGGUAUCCUCGGGGCACUUUGCCGGCGAACAGGCGACCGAUCAAGCCUACGCUAUACUCGGUGCCGCUGCCGAUUACAUGAACGAUCUCGAUCAGUAUGAGCUCAUGCUUCAUCGAGCCCUUGCUUUUUUCAAAUCCGCACAGUCAGUCUACACGAAAUUGGAUCAACUGGAGAUCCAACUGGCCACUACCGAUCAUCCCCCUCGUUCUGCGGGUCUCGCACGACUGCACGCUCAAUCGGUCAAGACCUUGGAGGACGUAACGGUCGGCCCCCUCGCCGAGGGUCACGCUCUUCUGGAAAUCACGGGAAGAGGAGCGCCCGGCGCCGAGGGUGUCAAACGUACAGUGGAAGAAAUCGAAGACCGAAAAAUACGAUUGCUGGAACGCUGCACGGCUCACCGAGAAGAAAACGUGCGCAUCUCGCGCUGUAUAAGUGACUUCCUGCAAAAAUAUGACGAACUGUCGAACUGGCUUUCUGGCAUCGUUGAAGCUUUUCUGAGAGGACACCAGGAUAUGGGCAGCGAUUUGACGAUGGCUCGAGAUUUUUACAAGGUACACGAAAAACUGAUGGAGGAUUUGGACAGACGAGCCGACGAGGUUCGCCGACUGGAUCGUGAAGUAGUGCCUAGUGACAUCUUAGAACAUCUUCAGGACACCGAACGCGCCGACAUUUUCGACAAAGUUGAGGCGCUUAGAAGUUCCUGGAACAUGUCCAGAAGUGCACUGGACGCCAGACUUCAACUGGCCGCGAUGUACGUCGAUUUCCAUCAAUCGGCUGCUGAUUUGGAAGGAGAACUUGAUCAAAUCGAAGAAAGCCUAAAAGGAAAUGCCGAUAAUAUGAGCGACGUUCAAAUGGAAGACCUCGAGAGAAAGUGGGCGACAUUGCAACCGCGAUAUGUGAACCUCACGAGCACUGGAAAGAAAUUCUUGGAAGAAAGCAGAAAGAUCGUAGAUUCUUACCUCGAUGUGCCACGAGCUUGUCUGUGCAUCGAAUCCAUAAUGGAGAAGUUUGCGAAUAAGCAAUUUAAUGUGCAGCAGAAGUACGAACACUUGGUCACUACAGUGACGAUCGAAAAGGAAAUUCGGAUAGAACAAGAGAAACGGCUGGAAGAGAGUACUAGGACAAUACAGUGGGUAUCCAAAUUCAGAGAACAACUCUUCCCAGUCAUCACGUGCGAAUCAACGAAGCCAACUGAUAUUUUGAGAAAUCUCGAAAGCUCUCGUCUCAAGAUUCUUCCUGAACUGAACGACGCUGUUACUGAAUUAGACUCUCGAAUAAAGAGCAUCGAAGGAUUUGGAAGAAAAGAUGAUAAAUUCAACAUUGAAAUCAAAACGAAAUUAGCCCAAGUCUCUGAGCGACUCCGAACAACCGCAUCGGAUUACAAAAGCCUCCUCGACGAUCUCAUCUCUAUUUUUGAGAAAAUAUCGCAGGUGGAACAAGAAAUUGACGCACAGAACAAGAACGCAGAGUCCUCGUCAACUCUUAACAUAGAGUCCCUUCACGAGGUACGAGCACUUUUGGAGCGUCUUGAUUCCCUCAUCCGAUCAACGUCUGAAAUCUUCAAACGAGCUAAGCAAGAGUCCGAAAAAGUUAUUGUCAAGAUUCAAAACAUGGAACCAGCGGAUGCGGCUUGUCAAGAUAUCGAAAAGCUUAAUCAGUCCUUCCGAAUUGCGGUUGAAGAAUGGAACUCGUACUCAAGUUCGACGAAGACUAGGCUUCAGGAAAGACUGGACUUCUGCUUAUUUGGAGAUGAUUUGGAUAAGAUCAAUGCUGAGCUUCGGGAUCUAGCCGAACAACUGGCGACAAUUACUGGUUGGCUUGGAGAGAGCCUUGCUGCAGCGAGAGGAGCUUCUGAGGCAUUCACACAGUUUGAGAAAACUUUAGAUAUUCUGGAGAAGAGAGUCGAAGAGUUCAUUAGGAAGACAGAAGUAACAGUGGGUAAAAAUUUGCCGAAAAUUGAAAACGAACUGUCAGGUCUUAAAAACAAAUUGAAAACGCUGAAGAAUCUCACAGAAGAAACGAGGCAGAAGAUCAAUUCAAGCAUCGAAUACUUUGAAUUACUGGAAGAAGCGAAGGAAUGGUUCAAGGAAGGAAGCAAACUCCUAAUCAUCGUGGCAAGGAAGGCUACAUCAGUAAAAGCUCCCGAGGAUGCUAACACACUUCUUCAAGAUAUUGAUGCCUUCUUGAAACCUGGCGAAGACAAACAAGAGAAAAGAAUCGAAAAGAUUCGUGAAUUAUCUACAAAAAUAUUUGGAACCGACCGACUGCCCCAAUUCAACGACGUUGUGGUAGAGAACCGCGAGAUGCUAGACUCUUUCGCUGUGAUCUCUUCGGAGCUGCGAACAUUGUCAGAAAACCUGCGCAACACGGAGGACUUGCGAGAGAAACUUCAGCGCGAGCGCGAAGAAGCAGCCGCUCGAGUAAAAGAAGCGCAAGCCGAAGCAAGCGCCGCCCAAGCAGCUGUUGCGGAGGCGGAAAACGCGAGAAAAUUCGCGGAACGGCUCUCUGCAGAAACGUUGGAGAGGGCGGCUGAAGAGGCCAGAAGAAUUGCUCUCGUCGAGGCGGAGAAUCUGCAGAAGGCGAGGGAGGUUUCCACCGCGUCUGCGCAGACCGAAGCGCCGAGUGAGCUGGAUGGUGGGCCAAGCGUUGUCAAGGAGACCAUCACGAAGGAAAUCCAUAUUGUGGAGAAAACGGAAAUUGAAGAAGAGCACAUCUCCACCAUCAAACAAGAGCAAACGCCAAUAAUAGAACCAGCUGAAAUCGUAAAAGAACAGACAAUAAUUUCUGAGGAGCGGCAACAGCCUAUGACGACGACGCCCAUCCUACUCGAGCCAGCCGUAAAACCCGAAUUCACGGUUCCGCUUUACGAUGCGACAAUACAGGAGGGCGAGAGGUUCACCUUUGAAUGUCGAGUCGUCGGUCAUCCUCGACCGGAGAUCAGUUGGCACAAAGACGGUAUUCCGAUUUUAAACAAUCCGGAUUACCUGACCAAGUGCGAGCCCGACGGUCUGUGUACCUUGACGAUCGAGGAAACUUUUGCCGAAGACUCGGCGAAGUUCAGUUGCAAAGCGGCCAAUGAGGUGGGAGCCGCCGAGACUGAAGCUGUUUUGAAAGUCAGAGAAACUUCUCCGGAAGAACAAUUAAGUCCACCGUUAUUCGUGAAGGAAUUGAGUACGUCGGUGGCUUUAGAAGGCUCAACUCAUCAGCUGGAGUGUAAUGUGCAGGGAAAUCCAUUACCCACAGUUCAGUGGUUCAAGAACGACGUGAACAUCGAUAACUCGCCGGAUUAUGUUACGACCUACAACAACGGCGAGGCGAUUUUGAAGUUCGAGGAAGUCUAUAUCGACGAUCAAGGCACGUACACUUGUAAAGCCGCUAAUCGGAUUGGACAUGCGGCGACCUCGGCUACUCUGACGGUAAAAGUAACGAAACCAAAGGAAGAAGCUGUCAUCAUGGAAUUGCCAACAAUCACAAAACCUCCUUCAAACACAACUAUAGUAACUGGAGAAAAAGUUGUACUGGAAUUCGAAGCGAUUGGAACUUUACCCAUUUCAUUUAUUUGGACUCAUAAAGGAAAAUCUUUAGACGAAGUAAAAACAGUUAAGAUCCGUGCGGACGAGGCAGCCGGGAGGAGCGGCCUCGAGCUGCUGGAGGCUUAUCCCAAGGACGCGGGCAGGUACGAGGUGACGGCGCGCAACGCGGCCGGCGAGGCAACGGCCGGCUGCGACGUCGCCGUCAAGGUCAGACCCUUGCCCUCCGACACCAGCGACUCCGAGGCUGUGAAGCCAGCGCUGGUCAAGAGGGACAUGGAGCCCAAGGCGCCGAGGAUACAGUUGCCCCUUAGGGAUCUUAGUAUCAACGAGGGCGCCAGCGCCAGGCUGGAUUGUAUCAUCGUUGGACAGCCAGAACCUGAGGUUAUAUGGUAUCACGAUGAUAGACCGGUAAAAGAAUCGGCAGAUUUCCAACUUUUAUUCCAAGGUGACAGAUGCUCGUUACUGAUCCAUGAAGCUUUUCUUGAUGAUGCUGGUGUUUACAAAGUUGUUGCAAUUAAUACUUGUGGGGAAGCAUCGAGUGAAUGCAGGCUAACAAUUCAACAACGAAGCCUGGAAGCAGCAGAAAGCUCGCCAAAGUUCGUCAAACUCUUGACGGAUCUUUUGAUAGCCGAAGGCGAGGAGGCGCGAUUUGAAUGCGCGGUAACCGGCGAACCGAAGCCCUCUGUCAUCUGGCACCUGAACGGCGAGGUUCUCGUGGAAAACGAGCGCGUCAAGAUAGUGAGCGACGAGACCGGUCGUAGCAUUUUAAAAAUCAACCCGACUACGCCCGAUGACAAGGGCAACUACACGGCCAAGGCGACGAAUCGUGUGGGCGAGGCUAAGUCGUUCGCCAAGCUCGUGGUCAAGGUUCUCAGUGAUUUCCAGCGUAAGGAUGAUAACGUCGUGCAGAUGGAGGAGAAACUCGUGCCGCCGUACUUCAAAGAGAAGUUCGAGAGCAGACUCGUACCCGAAGGUAUCACGACCAAGUUCGAGUGCAUUGCUGUUGGCAAGCCCUCGCCCAAGAUUCAGUGGUUCUUCAACGAACGACCAGUUCAUGGAAAAGACUUUCUGGUUUCUGUCAGUGGUGAUCGCCAGGUACUAACCAUUCCGGAAGUAGGAAGUGUUCACGCGGGCAAUAUUUCCUGCGUUGCGGAAAAUGCAGCUGGAAAAGCAGUUUGUGAGGCAAAAAUUGAAGUCGGUGGAGGGGUCAAAGCGGGGGAGGAGGGGCAAAUCAAGCCGAUCCAACUGCCCAUCGCAGCCGCCGAGAUGCAGGCCUCGAGCAGUAGCGACAAGUACUUCUCGAGCGAGAAGACAGCAGGCGAGAGUGGCCUCUUUGACAGCCAGACAAUGACCAAGACGUCGUCAUCAAUCAUGGAAUCCUCGACUACGCACACCUCCAUGAAGAAGGAAUACGUCUCGACGACGAGCACCUCCAACCUAUCCAGCUGUCCAGCCCAUCAGCCGACCAGUUUGUGUGUGAAGAAAACCUCCCAGAGCUCCGAGCAGUCCAGUGCCUACAAUGGGGCACCGCCUGUUGUUCAAUCACAGAAAAUCGAAGAGUUCGAACGAAUUGUGCAAGACGCGCCUGAUGAAAUCCGUCAAGAAAAGAGGGUAAUCAUUACUCAAGACUCGGGGGGUACGAGGCAAAAAGAAUGCAAGCAUCAAGUUCAAGUUCAAAAGCCUUGUAGAAAACAGACUGCUCCAAGGUUCGUUUCGCCUGUCACUGGAAUGAUAGUCGAUCAAGGGUCGGACAUUAUACUCGAAGGAAUCGUCGACGGAUUUCCACAACCACUGAUAACAUGGACAAAGAAUGGAGCGGAAAUACAAGCUAAGAGCGGCAUAAAACUGAGCUACGAUCAUAAUCACGUAAAGCUUGAAAUUAAGGACGUCAAGGUCAGAGAUGCUGGUAGAUACACUUGUGCCGCUAGAAAUGAAGUAGGAAAUGCGAGCAGUACAGCUGAUCUAGUUGUCAAAAAAACCAUUUUCCCGCCUGUAUUUGGCCGAAGACUUCAAGCUCAAGUGGUGAAAAAAGGCGACAGAGUAAUCAUGGAGGUUGAAAUUACUGGAACACCUGAUCCAACUGUAACAUGGUACAAGGACGACGAACCUCUUAUUGAACCGGAGUACAGAAUGAAACAGCAAGGCAAUUGCUAUCUUUUGCUCAUCGAUAAAGCGGAGAAAGAGCAUGCAGGAAAGUACAUGGUUCGAGCUACGAAUGCCGGCGGAGAGGCACAGAGCAUUGCUGAUUUUGCAGUAUUCGAACCAACACCUGACACAAUGGUUGAAAUGCACAAAACGCUUGUCUACGAAAAUGUGGCAGAUAAAAAUGCAAAGAAACUUUGCUGCGGCCAGCCGACUGAAAUACCUGGCGCAAACCUGACUACGGAACAAAUCACUACAACGAUGAUUCAGCCAAGUGCUGCAAUCAAAACUCCAUUCCCUCCUACAUCCUCGUCCUCUACAAUUCGUACCGUUAAAUCUACAACAACCGAAGAAAAUCAAAAGGCAUCGCGCACAGAAAUGAUAUCUUCCUCGGUUGAAUCACACCGCAGUGAAACGAAAUCUGAGCAGAAGUUCCACAUGAAGCUUGAACAUAAGCCAGCACCAUUCGAUGCUUCGAAGAGAGAAGAAAAGACGGAAACUACCGAAAGCACAAGGGGAGGUAAAAGUGUCUUCGAAGAGAAAACUGAAUUAAUUGAAAACGAAAAUAUCGAAACAUCAACUAUGGCACGCAAGGAUGCUCUCAGCUUCUUUGAAUCUAUGUCAAAGGGCAGUGAUAGUUUUCCCAAAGGACCCAAGGAAAUGAUAAAGCUAACUGAUGAAGAUGACGGAACCGGUCCUGGAUGCGAUGUCAGAGUCGAUCAACUAACAAAGAAUUACGAACGCACCACUAAGUUUGAGGAAGCUGCUCAUGAAGCACCAAAACCAGAUAUCAAAGCCGGUAAACGUGCUGUACAGGAUAUUUUCAAUAAAUUUGAAAAGAGCUCAUCCUCGUCACGUGGCAUUGAUAACACCAUGUUUGACUUCCCAUAUGAAGAACAUAAGUUGGCACCUUUGGAAUGCACUAGAACAAUAUUAGAAGAUGUAACUGCAUCUGGGUCUCCAAUCCACGGUACCUUGACUAUUUCUAAAUUAGCAGCACAAUCGGAGAGUGCUGAAGCCAUGUUAAAGGGAUUUAAUCUUGUGCCUGAGCCUCCACCAGAAAUUGGAUAUGCGCCAAAACCAGAAGAAAUGACGAGAACACGACCAGACGUUUCAUUAAAAGCAAAACAACUGCAAGAAUCUUUUGAAAAAAGUCAUUCACCUAUUGAUGCUCCCGUAGGGGGUGUCAAGAUAUUCCCUACAGCUCCACCCAAGGCCCAACCAAAACCUCAAGAGAAGACUCCAACACGCCCACUUUCUAUCCCACCACCAUUUGAGCUUGGUAAAAGUGACGGAUAUUCAUCGUCUACGUCAACAGAUGCAUUAGCAAUGGAAAAAAAUUGGGCUCAUAAGAGUGCAGAUUCUACUACGAAAUCAUGGCCACCUCAGCAAAAGGAUACCACCACAACGUUCACAGACAAACAAGAAUGGAGUCUCCCAGAGCAAAAUUACAAAGUUUCUGCUUCAGAAUCCAAGAAAGAGGUAGAACUGAAACCAGAAUAUCGUUGUACUCAAACUACUAUCGAAUCGUCCAGUUCAUUGGAGAAGAAAUCAUUUGGAUCGAAGGAGACUCGUAUAUCGGAGACUAAGAUUGAACCUCCACCUUCGCCACCAAAACCUAAACCUAUCAUAUACAAUGCGGAAACGAUUAAAGUAGACCACACGGUAAAUACUAUCGAAGAAAAGUCAGUUACAGAGAAAUAUCGGGCUGAGUGUGAUGUGCACAAAACAGAAACUACUGAGAAGAAAUAUGAAUCAGUCAAAAAGCAAGUGGCAAGGCCUUGGCCUGACGGCACUUGUGACUUAAGAGCGCCUGGUUUAGUCAAAAGUGUAUCAGACUUCUCUAAACCAGUUGUUAAAAUGUACCAUGCAUCUCCGGCUCCAGCUCCAGCUCCGUGUCCACUUUUGCAACCUGGAACACCUCCAGAAAUUGGAUAUGCUCCAGGUCCAUAUGUUCAGGAAAAAAAAGUUGAAAAGGUAGAAAAGACUUACGAAAGAUCAUUCGAUAAAAAACCAAGUUACACUCCUUCAAGUGGAGUAAAGACUGGACCAUCACCAGUGCAGACUAAAAAGACUGAAGAAUAUAUUUCUAGAGAUUACAAAGUGAGCACACCCACAGCUCCACCAACAUCUUCAUCAAACCGAUAUUCAAGGACUUCGUUCUACAGCGAAAGUGAGUAUGAAUCUGAAAUUGACAACACCCUAAAAUCAACAAGCGGAUACCGGCAUGUUCAAGCGCCAGUGUCCAGCCAUACAUGUAGGCCAAGGUCGACUGAACCUGAACCAUUUCCACCAUCGAGCUUUGAAGUUCCCUCAUCUACUUUAACCGGGCCACCCAGGCCAGUUGUCACUCCAGAUUUAAAAGAAUCAUCUGUCAAGAAAACAUCCACACUAUACGAAAAGGAUUCUCGACAAUACCAGCAGAAGACUAGUCAAUCUCAACAAUACGGAACACUGCCAAAGCCUGGAUCACCACCAGUCUACGUUCAACCAACGAAAUCUUGUUUGUCAAAGCCCUACAAACCAGAAUCGCCAAAAUUCAAACCGAAAUCUUUCCAGGCAGAAAGUGGAUACAUGGCAGAUACAGAUGAACCAUUGCGUCAACAGCAACAAAAGUCAUUCUCAGAAUCCUACUCUUCAUUAUCUGAAUCUAAAUCCAGUUUUAUGGAGAGCAAGAGUUACAGUAGCAGUCAAAAAGGCACCACCUCAUCCUCAUUCUCACAAAGCCAAUCCUAUUCCAGUGCACCCAAAACUGAAAUGCAACGAAGCUCAUUCGUGGAGAAAGUAGUCGAGAAGUCACCACAGCCGCGAUACAGGCCAGCUCCUGCAAAGGAAAAAACUCAGGUGUCCCAAAGCUCUUCGAGAUUCGCUAAGGGUGAGUUCCGCGAAAGCGAUUAUGAAAGCGAUUAUGAUGGUAGUAAGAUAUCAUCGCUCUGGAAACCUCAAACAUCAGCUCAAACAUUGUCGGACACAAAAUCAUCAUCAUCAGUCAAAUCAGUUAAAUCAUCCUUUUCUAGUUCAGGAAAACCAGCAACGGCGCCUCCUUCGGCAUUUGCCGAAACAGCGAAGGAGAGCAUUACCAAGAGACAGACCGUCACGGAAGAAAAGCCGCGACCUAAGUCCGUGCUUCUUCCCGGUUCUCCACCGGAAAUGGCUUACGCGCCACCUCGUCAGUCAUUUUACGAGGGGCAUAGCGGUGUGCCAUACCAUAAUGCCGUAGGCACGGAGAUGAAAAAAACCGUGCGCAUGGACGAGUCCACGGAGAACACGCGGAGGAUCAUCACGGUCGAGCAGACGAGUCGCGUAAUCAAGUUUGGCGAGAACCAGACGAAGCAGCAAUCAUCUACUAGCCCGAUAACCGGUAGCAAUCAACAGCCGCAAAGGAAGAGCUCCUUCAACGUGCCGACACCAAAGAAAUUCAUCCAGGGCCAGUUCCGCGAAUCCGACUACGAGAGCGAAGCUGACACGAGUCGAAUCAGGGCCAAGUGGGCACCUAGUGAGAGCGAAAGCGAGGAGCCGCGAUACAGAAAGGUUCAACCACCUCGGGCCCAGGCCAUCAGGUCACCGAUCAUCACUAUGCCUCCCAGCGAGUCUGAGGCCGAAAGCGAGAGAAGAUCUAACCGCACGGAGACGACGAGAAGUCGACAGAUCAUCCAAGAUCAGAGCCUGAAACCAGGCUCGCCACCAGAGUUUGCAUUUGCACCUGGAAAAGAGUUCAAGACAACCGCGAAUCACGUGGCCACGAAGCACAUAAGCGACAUGACAAGCAGCUUCAAAUCGAAAACCGAGAAAUUCGCAAGUGACAUACAGUCCGAUUUAAAAAAACGCAGCAAACCGAUUUUGAAGCGCUCGACGUCCCAGGAAGCCACCAGUGCGACCGACGGCGGAGAUGAUCCAAGAACGUAUAGGGAAGAAUCCAGGGUCGCACAAUAUGGCACGAAGCACAUCGAUCCGAACACGGGUCUGAUCUACUUCAAGUACGAUUUUGGCUACGAGUUUGGUAUCGUGCUGCCGGGCGAGGGCAAGCGCACCGUGGCGAGCAGUAACCAGAGCUACAAGGGCCAUCGCAAUCCCGGCGACAUCGAGGUCCCGAUCGUCCACGAGUUCACCUCGCGCAAAGAGAACGGCUUCAAGCCUAAGGGACCAGCUCCUGGACCAACGGCUCAAAACUGCCAUACCUUCCCUCGCAAGUCGGCUGCCGGCAAGUUCGGCAAGAGCGUCAAAUGGGAGCCGACCUCCGAGAGCGAGUUCUCGGAGGCCGAAGACUUCCGUGGCUCGAACAGGAUGUCGGUGCCCCCGAGUCUCUUGAUACCGAGCUCGCCGUCAACCAGAUGGGAUCCGACCUCUCCGAGCCCUGUCUCGCUCAGCCCCAGCUUGCCCAGUCUCAGUCCGCGAUACGGAGCCGGACCACCCAGCAACGUCGAGUCGACGCCAGGUUCUCCGUGGUCUGCGACUAAUGGCGAACGAAUAGUCCCUAUUGCAUCAGAAGUUGUCAAGCCCUACAUCGAAAUCCUGCCUAAGAAAGCGCCAUUAUUUAUUACGCCACUGAGAGACAUUGCGGUGGUCAGCGGACAAACGGCACGAUUCGAGUGCAUCGUUCAAGCUGAACCACAGCCAAAUAUUAUAUGGUCUAAGGACGGCAGGAUCGUCGAGAAUUCAGUCAAUUCCGAUGUUUACUACCGAAACGGCGUUUGCCGUCUCACCUUACCUCGAACUACACCAGACGACGCUGGCACGUACGUUUGCACGGCGACGAACAGCCUGGGCUCGACCGUGACAUCGGCGACCUUGCAGGUUCCAGGUAAUAGACGAUCGGUAUACGGGAUAUAACUGUAAUGCACGCCAAAUGUAUGAGAGGGUGGAGGUGCAAUCUCGCAAUUAAGCAAACGCAAAUACCAAAGACGCGGUGAUGGUGAUGAUGAUGGUGGUGGUGUUUUUUCUGUAGAGUUGGACACUUCGCGGCUGCCGAUUCGAGGCGUCGGAUUAUUGCGCCUCUGAUGAAUUAUUUAUUUUUCUCUUUUGUCUUUCUCUUCUCUUUUUUUUUGUAACGAUCGAGAGUCGGAAGUUUAUCUAUAUUAAGAAAAGGUCCGAUUUGCCUCUUGAUCGGGCAGAGCGGUAAUCAAAGAGGACACGCAGGCUUUGAGGAUUCGCAAACGGAUAUUAGAUAAUUAGUCGGAAGAAUAUAUAUUUCGUAUUAAAUCGCAUCGCACAGACGCUUAUAAUAUGGACUCGCCAGAGUACAAGUGCCAAGUCAAUAAUUUCCGCCUAAGCAUUUCCACAAACAUAAUUCAACGUUUUUUUUUCUUCUUUUUCUUCCUCCUUUGCGAAAUAUAGGCGAGAGGACAUAAUUGCUUUUUCUAGUCAGAGGCACGCGCUUAUAUGAGAGAUAAAUAUGUACUACUGUGUAUCCCACUCUAACGAGCAUCGAGACUUAUAAUAUAAUAUAAAAGCAAUGCUAUAAACGCGAAAUUAACGAAACCAGCACACGGUGAGAUUUUAACGAAUGCCUAUAAUAAUUGUAAGUUUUAAUGUUAUUGUGAAAAUAAAAUUUUUAUUCCAAAAGAAUACUCGACAAUUUUAUGUGCAUCCACUUCAAUCAGUUACACACAAGCUUUAUACUCGCAUUCACUUCAUCUAGUCAUACGUACAAGCCAAUUUUGGUCUUAUGUAUUAUCCUUCAGUUUUUAGUCUAACUUUUACCAAAGCUUUAGCAACUCAAGUUUCGCUGGAAUACCGAUUUCAAAAAAUCCUUAAACUUCUCGAUCGAGUUUUCGCUCGCUCCAGAGAGCUGAUCGCGCGCCCGAGCGACAAACUUUUAUUUUCGUUGUACGCCCAUGUUAUUUCGUUGAGCCACGACGUCGUUUUGAAAACACUCGGUGGCACUCUCUGCUCUCGAGAUUUAUUAUUAUAAUUUUGUGCAUCGAGUCGCGCGCGUUAUUUCGUCGGGCGUUUUUUGUCGACUUCGCUGAUACGGGGAAGCACGGAGAUUUUAGGUCAUAGUAUCCGGAAGGAAUCCAUUACCGCGAGCUUGCGAAGAAACUUGGUGCGAGAAUUUUUUCGGAGUCAGAGUUAGGAUUUCAUGUUUUUUUGGAAGCUUACGCUUUACGGGAUUCGUAUUUGUUUGAUGUUGCACGUGAAAAUAAAAUUAUAGGAUGUGAUUAAACGAUGAGUUUGAGGGAGGAGAAUUAUUUUUAAUAUAGCGAAUGAAGAGAAUGCUACUAUUAUUAUGUUGGUUCAAUGAUCUUGUAAUGGUCAUUAUUACGAAUUAUAAAUGUUUAUCAGCGUCAGAAGAUUAUUACGGCUGUGUAAAUAAAUGUGUGCUUUCUCUGCA